CGGAACGGCAAAGCGAUGCACAUUAAAACAUGGCGGCCAACAUAGAGCAAAUUUUUCAAGAUUUCAUAUUAAAUAAAAUCAGAGAAAUUGAAGACCAGAAUGAGGACAAAACUGAUGCUAAAAGAGUGGGUGACUGCAGUAACAUGGAUGGAGCAGAAAAUGCCUCUACAAAGAGACACAAAGACGUGAGAAGCAGCAGUUCACACAAGAAGCACAAAAAACACAAAAGCAAGAGGAAGAAGAGGAACCGAGAGAAGGAGAGUAGUUCAGAGUCUGGGGCAGACCUGAAGCGAAAAAAUAAACACAAGUCAAGAAGAGGAACACCAACGGAAAGAAAAACUGAGCAAGGUGGGGAUCGUGAGAGUAAGUCCAGAUGCCGCAAGAAGCACUUAAUUGGAAAGAGGAAGAAGAAGAAAAGGAGGAAAGACGAGGAAAAUUCAUCCGAUACUGACUCUGCUUUUGUGUUAAAGCACACUAAACUAAAACGACAGGAGGAGCUGCCUGAUAUAAUCCCAAAACAGGAAAACUCAAAUAAAGGAAUAGAAGAUGAGGAAAGACGUGACAGGCAGGGAUGCCAUUCACCUUCACAUUCCUACUCCCAGUCACAUUCCUGCUCAGUGAAGAACUCCGACUCGAGGACUCGGCACUACCGUCAGAGGUCGAGGACCUGCUCCCCAUCACGAGGCCACAGGACGCGCUCCAGCUCGUCAGAGAAGAAAGAUGUAGAAGAUGAAUCCUUUCAUUCCCACCAAUGGCCUCCAAACUGGCCCAAGCCACCUCAGGGCAACCUCAGCAACACUGGCAGUAAUUUACAAGCAGAAGAGUUGACUGAAUCAAGAGGAAUAAAGCGGCAGACCUCUAACCACAGUGAAAGAGAGGAAACAGAAAAACUAGCUUCAGCUUCUAGUGCAUCCACGUCCACGCCAAGCCAGUCCAUAUCUGCUAAACAUCAGCUGACCACUGAGCCUGGCUUCCUUCAGUGCAAAGCAUCAGAAAAGUCGUUUCCUGCAAAUGUGAAAUCUGCUGGAAAGAAAAGAAAAAAAUCCCCACAGAAGAAAAAAGAGGAGAAGUCAUCAAAGAAGCAGAAGAAAUCCAAGUCACCACGUCGAGGCUACAAGAGAGAAUCGAGAUCCACGAGCCCUGCACUUAGGAAGAGAUCACGCUCCAGGUCAAGGGGCCGCAGGCCACGGCGGUCACGCUCGCGGUCAGCGUCACAAAGUCGGCGGAGGGUUGCAUACAGCCAGAGAGACCGCUGGAAGCGUGAGCCGAGCCAUUCGCCUGUGCUAAUCCUACGCAAGAACAGGUCGCCCUCACGGAAACACGGCAGCUUGAGCAGCAGCCCUCACCGCAUCAGCGAACUGGAUUUGGAGGAGGUGAAAAGGAAAGUAGCAAAGCAAGCGAACAGCAUUAGCAUUAAAGAAUUUACUGACAAAUGCAAGAUGAUUGCAGACAGUACAGAAGAGCUGCCGGUGGCAGUGCCUCAUGUUUCAGAUGAAGAGGAUGAUGAGAAACCUUUUGGAGGAGCAGCUCUACGAGAACCGAAAGCAAUCACCUUCAGUGUUAAUAACUCAACAGUUCGUCCAGCAGUCCGUAGUGAUGCAGGCAUGGCCAAGGAGUUCCCCGUGUCCUCAGGAACACAGCAUCGUAAGAAGGAAGGAGAGGGACUGGGUGCUUAUGGAGAAUGGGUGCCAGUCGACAAAACAACCGAGAAGGCUGCUGUUACAACAAAGGCCCAAACAAAUGUUCUGUCAGCAACACCCUCCUCAUCGUCAUCAUCAUCAGGGGAAACGGCAGCAGUUUCACAGGAAGUUAUUGAACAGCCUGCAUUUGUGACAAACAGUGACAAAGUUUUUCCUGACCCACAACUGCAGGUGAGAAAUGAGAUACUGCAUCUACACAACAUCUCUCACCUUUUUAAAAAUUCAUUCGGGCGAUAUGUCGUAGAUGCUUGGGCCCAAUCCAACACAGUUCCUGGUCUUUUCACUGGUUCAACUGGAGCCCAGGUCCUCAGCUCUGAGGAGCUCUCGACCAGUGGACCACAAGCAUGGCUGAAGAAGGACCAGUUCCUCAGGGCAGCUCCAGUGUCAGGGGGUGUCGGGGAGUUCCUGAUGAGAAAGAUGGGGUGGAAGACAGGCGAAGGGCUCGGGAGGAACCGCGAGGGUACCGUGGAACCCAUCGUUAUCGACUUUAAGGUCGACCGCAAAGGUCUGGUUGCUGAAGGAGAGAAACUACAGAAGCAAACUGGUGGACUGGUAGUAACCAAGGAUCUAAUGGGGAAGCACCCGGUGUCUGCUCUCAUCGAGCUGUGUAACAAGAGAAAGAUAAUGCAGCCGGAUUUUGUCAUGGUCCAUCACAGUGGUCCUGACCACCGCAAGAACUUUCUUUUCAAGGUCACAGUGAAUGGUGUGGACUACCAACCCCAGACAGCCAGUCCCAAUAAGAAGCACGCCAAGGCCAUGGCAGCCACAGUUGCCCUGCAGGCUCUGGGAGAGGUUCCUGUGGAUGGACCAGGACUCUACACCGGCCCUGUCUUCACUGCUGCUUCUACAGGCCCGCUUUUCUCUACAUAGUCAUGCACACUUUGUAAUAUGGACCCUGUUCAAGGCAAACGUUUUGAUUUGUCACAGUCGGAAAGCCCAGAGCUCUGAAGCUGGUGGUUUGUGCCAUGGUUCGUUUACUUUCCCAGUGUCACAGUGUGUACCGAGCUCCUUAAUUGCUUAAUCAACCAGGGUCAUGUGGCCCUGUCCUCCCACCCAUUGGGUAAAAGGCACAGGUACACCAAUCACACGGGGUACCUGAAAACAGACAAGCAUUCAAGCUCAGGUGUCUUUGUACUGUUAGAGAACACCUGAAGAACAUGCCACACAAAAAGCCGCUGUGGAACCAACUGUUAGCACUACUGCAACGUCUUCCAUGAGUGGUUUUAGUUUGUCACCAUAUUGUUUUUGUUUGUUUUAACCCCAGUGAUUAACCUGCCCUUUGUUUCCACUCUGGAGGCUCGUUUAUAUUUCAACAACGACCACCUUCGGCACAUAACAUGAGAACUAUGAAAGCAGGUUCAGAGCACUUUGCUGAUUGUGACCAAUGUUAUGCCUGUAAGACAUCUCACCUUUUCUAAAGGUACUUGAAUGAUCACCUUGUUUGUUUUUGUAGGGGAUAGGAGGGGUAAAAAAAGUCAUAGUAAAAGUGGACGAUGUGUGCAUGCGUGUGUGUACAUAUGUAUGACAAAUGUAUAGUUUAGUAGCAGUUUAGCCCAAUAUUCUAUUAGCUGAUCAACACUUAAGUCUGACCCACAGCAGACAGUCUGCAGGACAUUUCUCAUAGUCACACAAAAGCAGAAGCUGGACUGUUAAGUGAAAAGUUGUAUCUGUGGAUGACAGCUAACUGUUGUUAGUCUUUGUAUUACAUUGUUGACCUAAAUUUAAACAAAUGUUUCUCAUACAAGGCUGUUAAACUUUUAUUCUGGCCUUCUAAACAUAUGUAUACAGAAAUAAAGAUUAUAUUUAUGUUAUUUAGUA